CUUAGACUGAAAUGUUAAUUGAAUUCAUAUUAUAAUGAAGAUAAUACAGUGAAAUUAAUCCUGCUUUUUACUUAUUUGUGCUUCAUUGAUCAAAACUUUAUAAUUUAAUUUGAAUAUAUGUAUCACAAUAAACUAUUUGGGACAACCAUCACAAUUCAUCUUGUAGUGAAGUGCGAGCACGGUUGAGUUCGGAAAACGAAACAUAGUGGCUCAAGAUGGUGUUUCAUCACCAAAAGUCGAAGAAACUUGAUCGAUACAGAGCUGUUGGUUGAUUUAAUUCAAUUUUGGCCGAGAUGAAUGAUUCAAGUAUGUGCAAACAACUCAAAUAGCACUCGUUAGGUUUUGCAAUUGGACAAGCUACAUCCGGAGUUCUCAAUGGACAAUACUACUUAUGUCUUCCUGUUGAGACGAUCUGUCCUACAAAUUCUGGAGCUGGUACAAUUGAUCCAAGAAUUGUAACACCAACAUCCUCUUCAGUAUGUCCAAAUGGAACUAUACCUUGCUUCGGAACGAACACUGCAUGUGGAACACCAUUUAUAACCUCAAAUAUGGCAGGCCCAGGAAAUACAAGCUUCGGAGCAUAUCCAUGGCAGGCUUAUUUGAGAAAUACUACCAAUGUAUUUGCAGGAAGCGGUGUCCUAAUUAGUCCAUAUUACGUAAUAACUGCAGCGCAUAAAGUUUAUUUGAAUAUGAACACUCCCACAGCUGUUACAGUUUUAAUGGGAGUUUGGGAUCCAUCAAAUCUUGUGAAUGUACAAAGUAGUACCGUAGCUAGAAUAUCUGUUCAUCCAACAUUCGUAGCAUCUACUCUAAUUGAUGAUAUAGCGGUUCUCCAGCUCACUCAACCUAUUGUAUUAGGUAUAUUCAACAAUAUCAAUACCAUAUGUUUAUCUACAACUGGAACAUCAUACGUUGGACAAUCAUGUGUCGUCAGUGGAUGGGGACAAACAGCAUUCACAAUAUUCGAUGCUCCCACUACUCCCCAAAAACAAGUUUUUGUUACCAUUACGGACUAUACAACUUGCAGAGCAUCUUUCGCCAUGGCAAAUUUAUUAGGAACUAACGUUGAUACGUACUUAGAUCCUAACGGGGAAAUUUGUGCAGGAGGACAAAGCAUGCUGGAUGCUUGUACGCAAGAUGGAGGAUCACCUCUGGUAUGUCCAAGUUCUACAGGUACUUAUAGUGUAGCUGGACUAGUCAUUUGGGGAAAAAAUUGUGGAUUAACAGGAGUUUAUGGAGUUUAUGUCAACGUUCCUUAUUAUUACGAUUGGAUUGUAAGUCAAAUGACCACCACAUGAUAAAUGUUAAUAUUCAUAUUUUAUAAAAUACGAGUGGAACUCGUAAUGCAUAUUUAUUACAGUUUUGAUAUUCUGUUAUAGUUUAUUCAUUAGUAAUUGCACUCAGUAGGUUCAAAUUUGUUACUCAACUUCUUUUACUACGUUCUGAAUUCCUCUUCAUUUUUAGUGAAAUGUUUUAGUACCAUCCUUCACGAUGUAAAUUUCUUCUAGUUUUUCUAAAUGUUCUUAGUUUAAAAUCUACAUAUCUGCAUGAAAUCUGAAAACUGAUUUAUCACCUUUAUGUCAGAAAAUAAAAGCAGUCGGAAUCUAUCAUAUUCAAAUCUAUCUAUCAGAUAACCAGAUAAGCAAAUGAACAGAACCAUACGGAUAGGACACAAUAGAUCCUUUGGGUCGCAGUGUACACGCGACCCCAAAUCCAUACAUACAACCAUACGUGUAGUAAAAUCUCAAAAAACAUAAUUAGUAAAACCAUAAUCAAAGACUGCAAGACUUUAGGAGUUCAUCAGAAAUGGGAAGCUGUGCGAAUAUUCCUGAAAAUAUGACAAAAGAAGAAAAUAAACAACAACAUUUAUGAAGAGAUUCCUUGUCUCCCUUAUUGUUUUGUGUACCACUGUUCUUUCCUACUACGAUACUAAACAGCGUAAACAGAAUCGAUAACUUAAAACCACUAGCACGAAAUAACACUGAACAUCAGAACAAUUUGAACUUGUGAAAGAAUUUAAUUCCAGAUUUGGCCUUGAAUAAUGUUCAAAUGCCUCAUUCGUCAGUGGAAAAAUACAGAAAAAUAGUCCUUAGCGCUAAAUGAUAAUAUAAUUAUCAGAUCCCUCGACCAAUCGGAAGUGUAUGAGUACCUGGGAUUAGAAGAACACGAUGGAUGAAAUUUAAACUAAAGAAAAAAUAGUCUCCGAAAAAAUAAGAGAGAUACCAUAAUAGAAAUGAAUGCAAGAAAUGAGAUGGAUGCAAUAACAUCGCUAGCAGUAGCCAUAAUAAAAUGAACCGGAGUAGAUAUAAAACUUAUCAAGAAAAGAAGGAGGCAGAGAAACGGUGAGCAACUCACAACAUCGCCCAAGAAGUGCUCGCCAGCUACCUGAAAUUGAAAGAACAUUUGGAAAUGGUGUACCGGCAACAAAACCAAAGAACUGUACACGAAGAAGAUGAGGUACACGAAAAAGUGACAGAAAAGAACAACCUAGCAGAACCUGACACGUAAACAAAUAAAAAUCAGGACAAAAUUAAAAAUGGAGCUACAAUCUCUACAUGCAAAAAUUGCAGAAGAAAUUGAAAAAGAAAGAAAAAACCGAAAACGAACAUGGGCGUGGCUCUAGAUACUGAAGCUCAUGAUGGCGGAUCAAUACCAAGCCAUUGCCACAAAUUACAUGAAAACUAACACAAAGAUUGCGAAACGAACCAUCUCAGUAGCAGGCUGCCCAAUCUUAGCUAAGUGAUCAUAAUUAUAGCGACAAGAAACUGUUGAAAAACAGAUACAUUGGAAUAUAUAUGAAGGAUAUAACAUCAAAGUAGUCACAAAGUGGUACCAACAUCAGCCGGAAACAGUAGUUACCACACAAGAAGUGUAUGAGUACGCACACACUUUCUCUCGGCUAUAAAUUAGUUAUACUCAAUCAAUUUUUGAAAACAAAUAUAUAUUAAAGUGAGAAACGUAUAAAAAUACAAAAACGAAUUAAAAUUUAACGAUUUCCUAUCAAGGUAAACGAAAAAUACAAAAAAUUUUCAAAAUGCGUGCGUGCACUUCUCCUCAAGAGUACGCGGUAUGUUAUCCAAGAGUAUAAAGUUAACCUAAUACGCUGUCAACCCCUUUUCGGGCACAAAUCUCAAAAAUAAUCAUAGAGUCCUUCAUAUGCGGUGCAAAUUUCAUGAAAUCAUUUUUUACAGGUUUUGCACUGUAUCAGGUCUGUAUCAGGCACUUUAUUACACGCAGGGCGUGUUCCAAUAAUUUUUCUAGAUGGAAUACCAUUUUUAUUUUCUAUUUUUGGUUUUUUGUUCAAGUCUCUUUUAACGGUAUGUCUAUUUUUCUCUUCCAAACUCUGAUCAGGUUUCUGCCUCCAAAACAAAAAGCGUGACAACAUCAAAAAUACCUCUUAGAUGAAAGCUGGUCGUAGACGACAAAAUAGUCCAGCAAGAUAUGAAAUUCAAAUAUCUGGGUAUAGAAAUAUCCGGAUAUGGUGAUAUUGAGACAGAGGUAAGGCAGCAAACAAUAAAAGCAGCAAGAGCAGCCAAAUGUCUGAACGACACUAUAUGGGAAAACAAAUACAUAAGUAUUGAGGCCAAUUCAAGAACCUACAAAACUGUAAUCAGACCUAUAAUGACGUACACAACAGAAACUCGGCCUGAUGCAGCAAAAACAAAAAGGCUCCUGGAAACAAACGAAAUGAAAGUCCUACAAAAAAUUACUGGAAAAACGCUCCUAGACAGAGAACGUAGCGACGACAUAAGGCAAAAAUGCGGAGUGGAAAAUAUUAACGAAAAAGUUGUUUUGUAUCAACAUAUGAAGUUUCCAUGGCAAAAAUAUAUCUACCUCAUAGUUAGCCACUAGUUAAUAUUUCCUUCGCAGAUAUUGCUCCAUAGAAAAAGAUUUAACAUACAAAAUUAUAUAAAAAGUCAAAGACCGACCGACUCUUGUAUUUUUUGCUUAUAAUAAGACCUUUGUUUUUUUUAUAAACCUAGACUCAAUCCACAUUCACAUAGAGUUGAAAAGACAAAUAAUCUUUUUCAUAUUUCAAAAUACUUGUUACUUAUACGAAUCAAUAAUGGAUAUGUGGAUGAUUAUAGCUUCGUCAUAAAAUCCAUCAAUAGUUUGUCGUCAAAGGGAUACAAAAAGUAUCGGAGCAUAGUCGAAAAAUCAGCCAUCAAGUUAAGUUGAAUGUCCGCGCUUAAUUCUUUUCAGACUCAACCAAUUCACUCAUACUAUAAAUCAAAUGGAAGGGCUUGAUUUACUCAGUGUCUUUAAAGCAAAACGAACAACUUAACCUCAAUUAGAACUCAAUAUAUGCAACAUUGAGUGCAGUUGAAUGUCCGCGCUUAACUUUCCUCAGACACAAUCAGUUCACUAAUAAAUUUUUGAAAGUUUCUCAUGAAUAAUCUCAUUAAACUUAUUCUAAUUGGAUAGAUAAGUAAUUGAUUUUGUAAUAUUUUCUAAUAAUUCUGGGAAAUUUUCUAUCAAAUUUAAUAUAGAAUUCAAUCUUUAAUUAAUAAGACAAUAUUCUCACCUGCUCUUCAUUCAAUAAGUUAAUUGUGUGUAUACGUAAGUUUGUAUAGAAAAAUUCAACUUGGCACAUACUAUGUAAAUAACAUGUAAAUAUGUGAAAUAAAACAAAUAUUUGGACA